UAAUCUCUGUUUCUCCUCUGACACUCACUCACUCUCUCUCUUUCUCUCUCUCUCUCUGUUUCUACUUUCAAGAUUCAAAUUUUUUAGGGUAUCCUGAUCCACUCUCGUCUCUUUGAUCUUCUUCUCAACUCUUUAUCUCUUCUUCUUCAUACUCUGAUCUCUCUGUUUGAAAUUCAUAUCUUCUCGAAUUGACAACCAGAUCACGAUCCAGAUAUUGGAGACGAAGUUUUUGGUAAUGCUAGAUCCAACCGUUAAAGUUUUCGAAUCAGAAGAAGCGAUGGGAAGAACAUCAGUAGAUUCGAUCGAAGAACACAGUAGUAGCAGCAGCAACAGUAAUGGAGGAGGUAUCAGCAGCAACGAGAAGAAGAGUUGUGCUAUUUGUGGUACUAACAAAACCCCUCUUUGGCGAAGCGGUCCCGCCGGUCCCAAGUCGCUUUGUAACGCAUGCGGGAUCAGAAACAGGAAGAAAAGAAGAACAGUGAUCUCAAACAGAUCAGAAGAUAAGAUGAAGACGAAGAUCAAGAAGAAGAAGAAUCCAAAGUUGGGUGACUCGUUGAAACAGAGGUUGAUGGAAUUGGGGAGAGAAGUGAUGAUGCAGAGAUCAACAACGGCUGGGAAAAAACUCGGCGAAGAUGAGCAAGCCGCUGUGUUACUCAUGGCUCUCUCUUAUGCUUCUUCCGUUUAUGCUUAAAACCGAAUUAUUUUUCACCCUCUAUUAAUAAUGAUGAAUUUUUGUAGGAUAUGUUGUUAAUUGUGUAAUUUUUGUUCGUGUUUUUGCGUUGUUGAAUUAACUUUUAAAUUUUCAAAAUUUUGUAUCACUGGUUUGUAUCUGUGUGAAUUGUGAUCAAUCUCUUGGAGAAGAAUGAAAGGUCAAAGAUAAGAUAAUUUUCUUACUUGGGACAAUUAUUUUA